AUGGAGGCGGCGAACUUCGAAAAAAUAGAAAACCUCACACCAGCAAUCGCCAUCGCCACCGUCCUCUACAAAUGGCAUCCCUCCGCCCUCUUCGCUCUUCUCGACCUCUCCGCUUGGUUCUCCUUCACAUGGACUCUGACCCUCGCAGACGGCAAGAAAAUCGAAAUUGGCCGCAUCCGGAAUCAAAUUUCCAUGGGAACGCUCGAUGAAGAUGGUUUGUGGGAAAUGAUGGCGUCGUUUACGAUGCAGCCAGGAGGCAUCUGGCAUCCCAACCCCUCGGAAACCAUUUUUCCCAGUGACGACGACGACAAUAAAACGAGCUCCCCUUCCACCCCCGAGGAAACUCUCCAACUCGCAACAACUUUCUUACAAGACUUGAUCAUGCAGCGAAGAUGGCUGCUUCCACCUGCAGGGCAGCAAAAAGGAUGCCUUCACGAAUUUUUCAUCGAAUCUCGACAUUUGGGGAUGGAUCCCUGGGGGGAUGGGAUGCGGAUGAAUCCGCAUUGGUUGUAUCACAGUUUGGAUCGGGGGGUGUGUACAGUUUGUGGGGGCUCUUCUUCUCCUUCCACCUCUUCUUCUGCUGCUACUGCUGCGAACGAUAAUGAUCCUAGUACUGCUGCUGCUGCUGCUAGUAGUAAACCCCCUUUACAAAUCUGCGGUAGAUGUGGAACCGCAGCAUACUGUUCAGCCACGUGUCAACGGCAUGAUUGGCCUGUGCAUAAAAGUGUUUGUGUGAUGAGUAAGGAGGAUCGUGGGAAAGCGCUGUAUUAUAGCCAGUUUGGAGGACUGGUGGGGUGGAGGGGAGGAGAAGAAGGAGAAAAAGGAGAAAAAGAAGAAGAAAAAUGA